AUGCUGGAGACAGCUCGAGAGCUCACGUUAGAGGCUGCCCAGUCCGCUGCUAUCAACCGAAGCUCAACUCCCGACUAUGCCUCGAAAACCUACACACCUGCGCACAUCAAGAAGCUCCUGGACAGCCGUCAUGAGCGGGAGGUCCUGGAUGGAAUGCGGAGGGUCAUCUCGUUGAUGUACCGCUCGCAACCGUCCCUCACCUUCUUUUCCGCGGUGGUCAAGAAUGUGGCCAGCGCCAGCCUCGAAGUCAAGAAGCUGGUCUACAUCUACCUGGUUCACCAUGCAGAGGCCGAGCCUGACCUGGCGUUGUUAUCCAUUAACGCGAUUCAAAAAUCGCUCACCGACUCGAACCCCCAGGUGCGGACUAUGGCCCUUCGGACUAUGUCGGGAAUUCGGGUCCCGGUGAUCAGCCAAAUUGUGUCGCUGGCUAUCAAGAGAGGAUGCGGGGAUAUGAGCCCGCAUGUGCGCAAGGCUGCUGCUUUGGCUAUCCCAAAGUGCUACCGUCUAGAUCCCAACACGUUACCACAACUUACCGGAUAUCUGUCGACACUCCUGAACGAUCCCCAAUACUUUGUUGUUGGCCCCGCUGUGGCCGCAUUCUUGGACUUGUGCCCAGAAGAGAUUGAUUUGAUUCACAAGCCGUAUCGCGGUCUUGUCAAAAAACUGACCGAUAUGGAUGAAUGGAGUCAGCUAGCAACUCUCCGCUUGUUGACAUCUUAUGCACGAAAAUGCUUUCCCCGUCGGACUCAGAAAGUCAAAGCGGCGGCACCGGUGGCAUUCUACGACGAUGAGAAGCCAGAACAGCAGAGCCAGGCAGACGGUGACGAGAUUGAGGUGCAGGUUAUGGAUCCUGACCUUGAGCUCCUACUCCGGGCUUGCAAGCCUCUAUUGCAGAGCCGAAACUCCGCGGUGAUCGUGAGUGUGGCCCGCUGUUAUCUGUAUCUUGCUCCACCAGAGUAUAUCACCGAAGCAGUUGGACCCCUUGUGGCACUUGUGCGAACCCCUCAGGACAUGCAGCACCUUGCCCUAUACAACAUUGUUGCUGUGGCCAUGAAAAUUCCCAAACCGUUUGCCCGAUACAUAGCACACUUCCUCGUCCAUGCGAAUGACCCGCCACAUAUAUGGCGCCUCAAGCUAGAGGUCCUUACCAUCUUGUUUCCGCACUGCGGAAAACACUGGAAGGGUGUUAUAAUCAGCGAGCUAGAGCAUUUCUCCAAAGGCACAGGCCCUGAGUUGGUGCGAGAAAGCGUCCGGGCCAUCGGACGUUGUGCACAAGGGGAUCCCAGUACCGCAGACAUGUGCCUACGGAUUCUACUCAGUCAAAUCUCUAGUGUGGAUGGGAAUCUUGUAUCGGAAUCGCUAACUGUGAUUCGCCACUUGAUCCAGCAAGAUCCACCCUCGCAUAAAAAGACAGUACUCCAGCUUGUCAAGAACCUUGGCACAACAACUCACCCGGAAGCACGUGCUACCAUCAUUUGGUUGAUUGGAGAAUUUGCUGGCGUUGAGCCAGAGAACAACAUCGCGCCUGAUGUUCUGCGAGUUCUGAUCAAGGGAUUCGCAGAUGAGAUGGAAAUAGUUAAGCAGCAGAUUGUGCUUCUUGGUGCCAAGGUGUAUCUUCACCAUCUGUUGCAAAACCCGCCAAAGGAGAAAACGGACGUUCCUGCGUCAACUGAAGCGAUCAAAAAGCACACUCAAGAGUAUCCAAAUGAAUGGGCCAAUAAUGAAGCCGAAGACCAAGGUACUACCGAGCAGUCCGAGAAAGAAGGUGAAGAGCAGCCUGAAGAAUCUACAGAAUCAGAAGCGAAAGAAGAAGAAGAAACAGAAGACCGGAUCACCCUACUGUGGCGAUACAUCCUUCUUCUCGCGCGCUAUGACACAUCCUACGAUCUCCGUGAUCGAGCUCGUCUCUACAAAAGCCUCUUAGAAACGCCCUCUUCCACUGAACUUGCCAAUCUUCUUCUUUUGGCACCGAAGCCCGUCCCCCACGCCCCCAACCCAUCAGAGACCCGCAAGGAUCUUCUCAUCGGGUCUGCCACGCUAGUUGUGGGCUCAGAGGCUGGAUAUCUUGGCCUUCGGGGUUAUACCAACCUGCCAGACUGGGUGGCGGCAGGCCAGGAGCCAGAUCCCAGUCUCCGUAUCGAUGAAACAAAGCCCGAUACGUCCAGCAACACAACAUCCACAGCAGGUGACCGCCUGGACCGAGCGCUUCGCGAGCACCAAUCGAUGGCUAUGCCAAGCCGCAACCAAAACACUGCGGCUGCUGGAAUCGAUCCGGCUGGGAAGAAGACCCUUGAUCAAUGGCUUCAGGAAGAGGAGCAAGAAACCGAGUCAGAGACAGAGUCUGAAACAGAAUCAGAGGAAGAAUCUGGUUCUGAAGAGGAGACCGACUCGGAAGAAGAGUCUGGCGAGUCCGGAUCUGAGGAAGAGUCUGAAGAAGAGACCGAUUCCGAAACUGAAGCUGUGCACAAAGAGGCGCAGCAAUUGUUGGGUUAA